AUGUCGAGAACCUCUGCGGCAGAGGGCGUGAAGAAGUUCGACGUGCCCUGCGGGGGCAGAGACUGUAGCGGGGGCUGCCAGUGUUUCCCUGAGAAAGGAGGGCGGGGCCAGCCAGGGCCAGUGGGCCCCCAGGGGUACACCGGGCCCCCAGGCCUGCAGGGAUUCCCAGGACUGCAGGGCCGCAAAGGUGACAAGGGCGAGAGGGGGUCACCGGGGAUCACAGGACCGAAAGGAGAUGUGGGAGCAAGAGGCGUUUCCGGAUUCCCUGGUGCCGACGGAAUUCCCGGACACCCGGGGCAAGGUGGGCCCAGAGGACCACCUGGUCACGAUGGCUGCAACGGGACGAGAGGAGACGUGGGCCGCCAGGGACCCGUCGGCCCCGGGGGGUUCGCUGGCCCUCCUGGGCCCCAAGGACCCAAGGGGCAGAAAGGUGAGCCGUACGCGCUUUCCAGUGUGGACCGCGACAAAUACAGGGGUGAACCUGGGGAGCCUGGAUUGGUCGGUUUCCAGGGGCCUCCCGGCCGCCACGGGCCUGUGGGACAGAUGGGUCCGGUUGGAGCUCCAGGAAGACCAGGCCCGCCUGGACCCCCUGGACCUAAAGGACAGCCGGGCAACAGAGGACUUGGUUUUUAUGGACAGAAGGGAGAGAAGGGCGACAUGGGACAGCCGGGACCCAAUGGGAUUCCAUCAGACAUCCACCAUGCCAUCAUCGGGCCCAUGAAGGAGAUGUUCCACCCAGAUCAGUAUAAGGGUGAAAAGGGGAGUGAGGGGGAGCCGGGAAGAAAGGGCAUCGCCUUAAAGGGAGAAGAAGGAGUCAUGGGCUUCUCGGGCAUACGGGGUUCUCCUGGCUUCGAUGGCGAGAAGGGUUCACCAGGACAAAAGGGAAGCAAAGGACUGGAUGGUUAUCAAGGCCCGGAUGGACCCCCGGGACUCAAGGGAGAAGUGGGCGACCGCGGCCCCCCAGGUGCCCCUGCGUACUCGCCUCAUCCCUCCCUGGCCAAAGGUGUCAGGGGUGACCCAGGAUUCCCAGGGGCCCACGGGGAGCCAGGAAGCCGGGGUGAACCAGGAGACCCGGGCCCACCAGGCCCCCCUGGCACAUCCAUCGGAGACGAAGAUGGCAAGAGAGGUUUACCAGGUGAAAUGGGGCCCAAAGGCUUCAUAGGAGACCCAGGCAUCCCCGCGCUGUACCCCGGCCCUCCGGGAACCGACGGAAAGCCAGGGCCCCGAGGACCGCCAGGGCCUCCCGGACUACCUGGGCCAGACGGUUUCCUUUUCGGCCUUAAAGGAGCGGAAGGAAAUGUGGGCUACCCUGGCCCUUCUGGUUUCCCUGGGGCUCGCGGACAGAAAGGCUGGAAAGGUGACGCUGGGGACUGUAAGUGCGCAGAAGGCGACCAGUUCAUCGGGGGCCUCCCGGGGCCACCAGGACCCAAGGGCCUUCCAGGCAUCAACGGGGAGCCUGGGAAGAAAGGGAGCCAGGGAGACCCCGGCCAGCAUGGCAUCCCUGGGUUCCCAGGGUUCAAGGGCGCCCCUGGCAACGUCGGGCCUCCAGGGCCCAAAGGGGUGAAGGGCGAUUCUCGGGCAAUCACCACCAAAGGUGAGAGGGGACAGCCAGGUGUCCCAGGCGUGCCUGGUCUGAAAGGUGACGACGGUGUCCCAGGGCGCGACGGGCUGGAUGGAUUCCCAGGCCUCCCAGGCCCCCCUGGUGAUGGCAUCACAGGCCCCCCAGGGGACGCCGGUUACCCAGGAACACCGGGCACGAAGGGCGCUCCAGGAGAGAGGGGCCCCCCGGGAUUGGGCCUGCCCGGCCCCAAAGGCGAGCGCGGUUUCCCCGGAGAUGUGGGAUCACCUGGACCGCCAGGCUUUCCCGGGCCCGCUGGUCCCCCGGGUGCUCCCGGACAGAUAGACUGCGAUACAGGUGUGAAAAGGCCCAUCGGAGAUGACGGACAGAAGACUGUGCGGCCAGAUUGCGUCGGAGGACCCAAGGGAGCGCCAGGCCUACGGGGACCCCCAGGCCCCACAGGUGCCAAGGGCCUCCCAGGGAUACCAGGACCCUCAGGAGCUGACGGAGUACCAGGGCUCAAGGGUCUCCCAGGAGACCCAGGUCGUGAAGGAUUCCCAGGACCCCCAGGGUUCGUGGGGCCCCGAGGAUCCAAAGGUGUGGCGGGCCUCCGUGGCCCAGAUGGACACCCAGGUCCCACCGGUCUGCCGGGGCCCGUCGGGCCCCCAGGGGACAGGGGCCUUCCCGGAGAAGUUCUGGGAGCCCAGCCUGGGCCCAGGGGAGAUGCUGGGCUCCCCGGACACCCUGGGCUGAAAGGCCCUCCGGGAGAGAGAGGUCCACCUGGAUUCCGGGGAAGCCAGGGCAUGCCGGGAAUGCCGGGCCUGAAGGGCCAGCCGGGCUUCCCAGGACCCUCGGGCCAGCCAGGCCUGCCCGGGCCACCAGGACUGCAUGGCUUCCCAGGAGCUCCUGGCCAGGAAGGGCCCUUGGGGCUGCCAGGCGCCCCAGGCCGCGGAGGUCUGCCUGGGGACAGAGGGGACCCAGGUGACAUAGGCAUCCCCGGCCCUGUGGGCAUGAAGGGUCUUUCCGGCGACAGAGGUGACCCUGGUUUGUUGGGUGAGAGGGGUCCCCCAGGAGGCCCUGGAUUUAAAGGAAUGAGCGGAAUUCCCGGUGUCCCCGGACCCAAAGGCAGUAGAGGUUCACCCGGGAUGGACGGUUUCCAAGGCAUGGUUGGGCUCAAGGGAAGAGCUGGGCUUCCGGGAAACAAAGGAGAGGCCGGAUUUUUUGGAAUUCCAGGACUGAAGGGUCUGGCUGGUGAGCCAGGUGUGAAAGGCAGCCGCGGGGACCCGGGGCCCCCAGGACCACCUCCCAUCAUCCAGCCAGGAAUGAAGGACAUCAAAGGGGAGAAAGGAGACGAGGGGCCUAUGGGGUUGAAAGGCUACCUGGGCCUAAAAGGUGUCCCGGGGAUGCCAGGGAUCCCCGGGCUGUCUGGAAUCCCCGGCUUGCCAGGGAAGCCGGGCCACAUCAAAGGAGUCAAAGGAGACAUCGGAGUCCCGGGCGUGCCCGGAUUGCCAGGAUUCCCCGGCGUGCCCGGCCCCCCCGGAAUCAUCGGGUUUCCCGGGUUCACAGGAAGUCGGGGCGACAAGGGAGCUCCGGGGAGAGCGGGUCUUUACGGCGAGGUUGGCCCCACAGGUGAUUUCGGUGACAUUGGAGACACCAUAGACCUGCCAGGAAGCCCAGGCCUGAAGGGGGACCGAGGCGUCGCUGGAGCACCAGGUCUAAAGGGAUUCUUUGGGGAAAAAGGAACGGAGGGUGAAGUCGGCUUUCCCGGGAUAACAGGCGUGCCAGGCGUCCAAGGCCCUCCAGGACCUAAAGGGCAAGCAGGCUUCCCAGGACUGACAGGGCUGCAGGGGCCGCAGGGAGAACCAGGGCGGGCAGGAGCGCCCGGUGACAAAGGAGACUAUGGCUGGCCGGGGAUCCCAGGCUCACCAGGUUUUCCGGGCAUCCGAGGCAUCAGCGGACUCCACGGCUUGCCGGGCACCAAAGGCUUUCCAGGAUCCCCAGGUGUGGACGCCCACGGAGACCCCGGCUUUCCCGGUCCCGCCGGGGACAGGGGUGACCCAGGAGAGGCCAACACCCGCCCAGGCCCUGUCGGAGCCCCAGGACAGAAAGGGGAGCGAGGAAAUCCAGGGGAACGAGGCCCAGUCGGGAGUCCGGGACUGCAGGGAUUUCCAGGAAUCACCCCACCUUCCAACAUCUCCGGGUCACCUGGUGACAAAGGGGCGCCGGGCAUAUUUGGCCCAGAAGGUUAUCGAGGGCCCCCGGGGCCACCUGGACCUGCUGCUCUCCCUGGAAGGAAAGGAGACGAGGGCAACCCAGGAGCCCCAGGAAACCCCGGGACCAAAGGGUGGGGCGGGGACCCCGGGCCCCAGGGCCGGCCUGGCGUGUUCGGGCUCCCGGGAGAAAAAGGACUCAGAGGGGAGCCAGGACUCAUGGGAAACACAGGAGCCACAGGGAGUGUGGGCGACCCAGGCCCCAAGGGGCCCAAAGGAGACAGGGGACUCCCAGGUGCCCCCGGUUCUGUGGGAUCCCCUGGGAUUGUGGGAAUCCCCCAGAAGAUCACCGUCCAGCCAGGGCCAGUGGGUCCACACGGAAGGAGAGGCCCCCCAGGGGCACAGGGAGAGAUGGGGCCCCAGGGCCCCCCAGGAGAGCCAGGUUUCCGUGGGGCUCCAGGGAAGGCAGGGCCCCAGGGAAGAGGUGGCAUUUCUGCUGUUCCCGGAUUCCGAGGAGACCAGGGGCCCAUGGGACAGCAGGGGCCCAUUGGCCAGGAAGGGGAGCCAGGCCGCCCGGGGACCCCCGGCCUGCCCGGCAUGCCCGGCCGCAGCGUCAGCAUCGGCUACCUCCUGGUGAAGCACAGUCAGACGGACCAGGAGCCCAUGUGCCCCGUGGGCAUGAACAAGCUCUGGAGUGGGUACAGCCUGCUGUACUUCGAAGGCCAGGAGAAGGCACACAACCAGGACCUGGGGCUGGCGGGCUCCUGCCUGGCUCGGUUCAGCACCAUGCCCUUUCUGUACUGCAACCCGGGUGACGUGUGCUACUACGCCAGCCGCAACGACAAGUCCUACUGGCUCUCCACCACGGCCCCGCUGCCCAUGAUGCCGGUAGCCGAGGACGAAAUCAAGCCCUACAUCAGCCGCUGUUCCGUGUGUGAGGCCCCAGCUGUCGCCAUAGCGGUACACAGUCAAGAUGUCUCCAUCCCCCACUGCCCAGCUGGAUGGCGGAGUCUGUGGAUUGGAUAUUCUUUCCUCAUGGUCAGCUGGCGCACACCCCGGAAAAGGCGGCACACGGGAGCAGAGGAGGCCGGCCUGGAGGCCCCCACACCAGUCGUGGGCACUGAACACAAUUACCGCACGCCUCCCCGCACCCUCUGGAAGUAA